CAGUAGGGGGAAGAUGGUCAGUAACUGACUGAGCAGAUGGGGUGUUUUACAGGUGUUUGAUUUGCCGUAACAAUCAAGGACAUAAUUCCCAAAUGAAGAAAGCUUCUUGGUGGGAGGGGUUUGCCAGGUGCAGAGAGAAUGCCUGGCGUUACCUUCUUCCAUUUAUCAGCAGCUCAGAGGUGAGAGGUAGGCAGGAGGUAUUACCAACCAUCCUUCCUGCAGGCUUGUCCUCAUCUCAGUCUCUAAUUUCCUCAGCAAAUAUGAACUCUUAAGACCAACAAUUUAUUUUGCUACUGUUGUUGACAUUAUGUUCACAAUUCAUUUGUCAUUGAGUUAUACUUACAGAUGCCUUAAUGAAGCCUAAACAUGACUGAUUUGUACAGAAUUGAGGUAUUCUUGCCUAGGAAAAGCACCAAAAAGAUAAAACUUUAAAAAUCUGAUUUCUGAUGGUGAAUCUUGUGUAAUUGUGAAGCAAAACAUUUUGGUGUUUUGCUGCUUCUGUGUCAUUUUAGUCAGUUAAAGGGUUGUUUUCUUCACCUAAAAUACUGCAGUCUUAUUAAUCUAAGUUUAGAUCUCUCUUAAGCAGGACCCAAAAGUUUUCCAGCACAUUGAAGAUAUUUCGCUUUGCAAAUCACUUCAAAGAAGAAAAUAUAUUUUAGCAAUUUAAUAUGCUAUGUGUCUAAGAUAAGUUUUCAAAACCAACAUAGUGAGUUCCCCUGUGUAUUUUCACAGUGGUUCAUGUAACGUUUCAUCUCCUGCAUUCCACAUACUCAAGUUCUAGGCUUCUCUUUCUGUAUAUUACUUACAUUUCAUUGCUAGGAUGGCAUAGCAAUUUUUUCUAAUUAAAGAACUUCAAGUAUUUUUAUUCUCCCAGCCUUUCAUCCUAACUGUUUUUCAAAACUGAUAUUAUAACACAGCUUUCCUUUAAUCUGUCUCCACACUAACUUUAAUUAUUUUGGUAUAAAGGGAUCCUAUGAAAUGCUAGCAGAGAUGCUUCUACUUUUACUUUUUGUCACUAAAAUCUGAAGCAUGAGAAUUUGAUUCAGCCAAGACCAUAUAUUAAUUUUCACAAUUAAAAAUCUUUUUUCUUAAAAGAAAGGAUGUGGAUGUAUGUUAGUCCUCCUUAGUAGUUGCACAUAUGAUUAAAGCCAGACUUGUUUUAAAACUAAAUUAAUCAGCUUUAUAAAACUCCAUUUCUCAUUCAUUGCAAUACCAUUCAUUGCACACCGUUUCCCCUGCUGCUGGCCAAACUGAGUUUAAAGGGACAGCUCACUCCAGUGAGUACUUGUGCACGUGUCUGUAGGAUCUAGCUCUAGAUAAAUUUUCAUUUUAGUGACAAAAUGCUUUCCAUUUCUUUGCAGGGUUAAUGUUGUGUCUGUCGUGCUACUUAUAUAAGAAAAGAUUAAAAGAAAUGUUUCUGCUUUACUCAGGGCAAUACUACUUGUUUUCAGCUAAUACGCUCUUAGCAAGAUGAAGCAUGUAAUUGUACAGAUUACUCUGUUAAAAUUUUCAAAACAUUUUGGCAGUUUAUAUGGAGUGACAUCGCUCUACACUGAGUGUAAUUCGGAGAAAAGAAACCAGGUUUCUCCCUGGGAGGUAUUUAAGAGGUAAUAUAUGUUUAAGUGUCUCCGCCUCUGAAUCCACCCACUUCUUGAUAGCUGCAGCAGUCUUGUUGACUCACAGAAGCCGUGUUCAUGCAAGAGCCAGCGAUGAGCAGUAUUUUUCAGAGAUUUUAAGAGCACACCUCCUGCUAUGUAUUUCUCAUUCUAGCUUGCUGAGGCUGAAGCUGUAUGGAAGAAAGUUUUACGUUUCAAAGAUAUUGCAAAAGAUAGUUCCUCCUCUCAUCCUGGAAAAUCCUGACAGACCAGUUGGAUACCUUUCAGGCCUUAACCAAGAACUUUAUCUUCUCAACCCACUGUCUUUUUUACUGUAGAGAGACCUGAGACACCCUUAAGGACUGAGAAUCUGACUAAUUUAAACAGAUGGCUAAUCCCAGUGCUGUCUGCAAUGGACAUCUACAUCAUCAUCAUCAGAAACAGAAUAACCUCUUAAAAAGUGGAAUAUUUAAGAAAAAUGGAAUCACUAAAGGAAUGAAGAAGAAUGGAGUAUCAAACGGAACUCUCUACAAAAAAACAUUUAUUGAGCACUUUGAACAGGCACCAAUGUAUGUUGCAGUUUUUACUUUCGUGGGGUUUGCAGUGGGAACAAUAUUUGGCUACCUGCGAGAUUUUAUGAGAGCCUGGGGACUAGAAAAACGUAACAUUGCUGCGGAGAGAGAACAACAAAAAGACUUUGUGCCACUUUAUCAAGAUUUUGAGAACUUUUACACCAGAAACCUCUAUUUGAGAAUACGGGAUAACUGGAAUCGUCCAAUUUGCAGUGUCCCUGGGCCACAGUUUGACCUUAUGGAGCGCGUUACAGAUGAUUACAACUGGACAUUUAGGUUUACAGGAAGGACUAUCAAGAAUGUAAUCAAUAUGGGUUCUUAUAACUACCUCGGCUUUGCAGAAACAGAUGUUAAUGCUUUGAAAACUGUGACCAUAGAGUUAGAAAAAUACGGGACAGGAGUCUGCAGUACCAGGCAAGAAAUGGGCACCCUAGACAAACAUGUAGAGCUAGAGAAACUUGUGGCCAAGUUCCUUGGUGUGGAAGAUGCUAUGGUGUUUGGCAUGGGCUUUGCAACUAACUCGAUGAAUAUUCCAGCCCUUGUUGGAAAGGGCUGCCUCAUUUUAAGUGAUGAGUUGAACCACACUUCUCUCGUUCUUGGUGCGAGGCUUUCAGGUGCCACUAUUAGAAUCUUCAAGCACAAUAAUAUGCAGAGCCUCGAGAAGUUGCUGAGGGAUGCAAUAAUAUAUGGACAGCCUCGCACCCACAGAGCAUGGAGAAAAAUUAUCAUCCUCGUGGAGGGCAUUUACAGCAUGGAAGGGUCCAUCGUGCGCCUGCCAGAGAUCGUCUCCUUGAAGAAGAAAUACAGAGCCUACCUCUACUUGGACGAAGCUCACAGCAUUGGUGCAGUGGGAGCGACGGGCCGAGGAGUUGUGGAGUACUUCGGAAUGAGUCCCGAUGAUGUUGACGUAUUAAUGGGAACAUUCACAAAGAGUUUUGGUGCAGCUGGAGGAUACAUAGCUGGCAGAAAGGACCUUGUGGACUUUUUACGAACUCAUUCUCACAGCGCUGUGUACGCCACAUCUAUGUGUCCCGCCGUAGCAGAGCAAAUCAUCAGGGCCAUGAAAUGCCUCAUGGGACUGGAUGGGACAGCACAAGGGCUCCAAAGAGUGCGUCAGCUGGAGAAAAACACAAGGUACUUCAGACGAAAACUGCAUGAAAUGGGCUUCAUCAUUUAUGGCAAUGAUGAUUCUCCUGUUGUUCCCUUGCUCCUUUAUAUGCCUGGUAAAAUAGGGGCUUUUGCAAGACGCAUGUUAGAAAAAAAUAUCGGGGUGGUCGUGGUUGGGUUUCCAGCUACUCCUAUCACAGAAUCCAGGGCUCGGUUUUGUGUGUCAGCUGCACAUACACGGGAGAUGUUAGACACGGUUUUGAAUGCUCUGGAUGAAUUGGGUGAUUUUCUACAUCUGAAAUAUUCCCGGUAUUCCAAGUCAUCUCAUCCUGAACUGUAUGAAGAAUCUAGGCUUGAACUUGAAGAUUAAGUUUUCCACCCAUGAAGAGAACAUUAUGAUGCUAUGAAAGGGCGGAAAACCCGAAAACUAAACAAUACAAAUGCAUUUCUUCCCUUCUAAGGACAAUUUUUAUUUCUCAGUUAAUUGAAAGAAGGGGAAGCUCGGGUGUUGCAUCACGUUGUAUCAAAUUUCUGUAUUCAAGAGAAUGGAAUAUUGAUACAGAUUUGCCUCCCCAGGAGAGAUCUGUUCUUCUUAUGGUAUUUUUGAUGCAGAAUGAAUGCAUCCAUUGAUCCAGUUGCUAACAUACAGCUUUUGAUAUGGCCCCUUUUUAUGAAGAGGCUUCGGAUAGUCUUAAUUGUGACUGAAAUAAUAAAGUUUAAAAAGUUAGUAGA